GGCAUGGUUGCUGUCCCAAAAGUCUUCCCAUUCAAGUAAAGGUAGUUGAAGUUGGGCACAUUGAGUGAGAAAGUGGCCAACCCCUCCUCUACUCUCUCUUUCUUACUCAUUUUAAUUAACAUAUUCAUCAUGAUAAUGCAACCCUUUAAUAAAUCCAAUUAUAAAUACAAAAAAGGGUGAAAGGUGGCCAAAAGGCAAAAAGAAAAGUAGUACAAUUUCAUAACCCAAAGCUACAUAACAUAAGAAAGAGCCAGAUCAAAGUUAUACAUAUAAAAAGAAAGAGAGGGACAACCCCCAAAGAGAAGAAUUUAUGUUAGAAACAUUACUAUUGUUAAAACAAAAGUACAAAAAACAAAAUCUAAACCCCCCAUGUAAUGCAAUAAAAAGCUAGGAAUAAGAAAAAUUAUAAACAGCAAGCAUGUUAUAUAGAAAAGAAGGAUGAGAAGGAGGAGGGCUAGAGAAAGGAAGAGAGAAAAAAAAGUGUCUUCUCUGGCUGGUUGCUGCUACUCUUCUUUUUCUAGCUACUUGUAACUCAGCUUUUUGAAGGGUUCUUUGCAGAAUUUGGAAUUUGGAAGCUCUCCAUUUAAGAUAAAAGGAUCGACAUUUCAGCCAUAAACGAUUGAGCCUGCUGACUUCUAGCUAUUCUGUUUCUUCCCAUGCUUAGGCAGGCACAAUAAUGCUGGCAGAAUGGGAAAGGCAGGAAGUUGGUUUUCUGCAAUUAAAAGAGUUUUCAUACCACACUCCAAGGAAAAGCUAAAUAAUGAAUCUGAUAACAAAAGUGGUAAAGAAAAGAAGAAGAAAGGCCUAGGGAAAUUAAGGCAUGGAGAAACCAAUUCCUUCAUUCCCCUCUUCAGACAGCCCAGCAGUAUUGAGAAAAUUCUGGGGGAGGCUGAAAGAGAGCAUAAACUAAUAUUCAGGCCUCCCACACCUCCAGACCAGCCAAGAACACCACCUUUUGUGCCUCAUAGAGUUGCUUCUCCAUGUGUCCCUUCUCAGAGGAUUGCCUCUCCCAGGGUUGCUUCUCCAAGAACUGCUUCCCCUCCACGAGCUGCUUCCCCUAGAGUUGCUUCUCCAGCUCCAGCUCCACCUCCACGAGCUGCUUCUCCAAGAGCUGCUCCUCCUAGAAUUGUUCGUCCUCGACCAGAACCAACUUUAAGGAACCAUCAUGCUUCAGCUACAAAAAUUCAAGCAGCCUACAGAGGUUAUAUGGCAAGGAGAAGUUUUAGAGCUUUGAAAGGCCUUGUGAGGCUUCAAGGAGUUGUGAGAGGUCAGAACGUGAAACGCCAAACUCUGAAUGCCAUGAAAUAUAUGCAGCUUUUGGUACGAGUUCAAUCUCAGAUUCAGUCACGAAGGAUCCAGAUGUUAGAAAACCAAGCACGACAGCAGGCUCAGUUUAAGAAUGAUAAGGAAGUUGAGAGUACCUUGGGCAAAUGGGCCUUCAGCCAGGCAUCUGAUGCAGGCAAUGAAGACUGGGAUGAUAGUGUGCUAACAAAAGAGGAAAUAGAGGCAAGAAUGCAGAGAAAGGUGGAGGCAGUAAUUAAAAGAGAAAGGGCCAUGGCCUAUGCAUUUUCCCACCAGCUAUGGAAAGCUACUCCGAAAUCAGCUCAAACAGGUGUAUCAGACAUUCGCUCUGGCGUAUUUCCAUGGUGGUGGAACUGGUUAGAACGUCAACUACCUCCUGACAAUGCUCCUGAAAGCCAAGGCAUGAAGAGUUUCCAACUUACACCAUCAAGGCCAAAUUCCGAACUGAAGCCAAGUCCAAUGCUGCAGUCAACCAGCAAGCAACAUCAGCUCACCUUUGACAAUUUGGACACUCCUACACCGAAAUCUACAAGGUCAACAGUACUCCCGGCAACAAGACCCUUGCGAACUCCACCUUCUAGUAGAACCCCUCAAGCAAGCAUCUCAGGGUUGUCGAAAUAUUCAAGACCAAGAGCUAGUGGAGCUGAUUCUCCCUUUGACUUGCCCCUGAAGGAUGAUGAUAGCCUUACUAGCUGCCCACCAUUUUCAGUCCCCAACUACAUGACUCCAACAGUUUCAGCCAAAGCCAAAGUGAGAGCUAGCAGUAAUCCCAAGGAGAGGUUCAUGGGGACUCCAGGGAGCGAGUCGAAGAGGAGGCUUUCAUUCCCUUUGACACAAGGGAUUGGAUCAUUCAAGUGGAGAAAAGGGUCUUUGUUUUCAGGGAAGGAUUCAAGCUCUCAAAAGGGUUUAGAUAAGCACCAAUCACUUCAAUCUAUAGGCAAUUUGAGUGUGGAUUCGACAGUUUCUAUGCCUGCUACUGUUGGAAGAAAGCCAUUUAACCGAUUUGUAUGAUUUUUUUUCCCUUAUUGUAACCUUUGAUUACUUCAUUUUGGCGUUUGUCUUCAUUGAGUGCAUGGUGGUAUGUUGAGUUACAAAAUUAUUGAUGUAAAAUAAAUGAGAAAACAUUAGGAAAUGAUGGUUUGAAUGUCACUGGAUUUGGGGCUUGGUGAGAUAUUAUAGUAAUUUUUUUCUUUAUU